GUUACUGUUUACUUACAUGUUUCCUUAUGUUUCCUUAAAAAUUAUUUACCGCAAUGCAGCGAUUUGUAAUUGAUCUCUGAUUCCAUCUCGAUAUUCAUAGAUUUUCACGACUCUUGGCAAACUUGCUCAGAACAUAUAUUCUGUAAGAUUUUCACGCAUAAAAUGGUGUUUAGAAAAGUAGGUGUUCUUGGUGCUACAGGAACUGUUGGUCAAAGAUUUUUGACUCUUCUUGCUGACCAUCCCAACUUUGAAAUUGCCGCCCUUGGUGCUUCCGCCCGUUCUGCCGGGAAGGCCUAUAAGGAGGCAACUAAGUGGAAGCAAUCUGCCCCCAUGCCCAAAAAGGUUGCCGACAUGAUUGUCAAGCCUUGUGAUGCCAAGGAAUUUACUCAUUGCGACAUUGUCUUUAGCGGUUUGGAUUCUGAUUACGCCGGUGAAAUUGAGAAGAAUUUCCGUGAUGCAAACAUUGCUGUUCUUUCCAAUGCCAAGAAUUACCGUAGAACUCCAAAUGUUCCUUUGGUUGUUCCUACUGUCAACACUGAUCAUCUGGAUGUGUUGAAUUCUCAGCGCAAGGAAAGUAACUUAGAUCGUGGUUGCAUUGUUACCAACUCAAAUUGCUCUACUGCUGCUGUCGUCGUGCCUCUUAAGGCCCUUCAAGAUGCCUUCGGCCCUAUCGACAAGGUAUCAGUUGUUAGUAUGCAAGCAAUUUCUGGUGCUGGAUACCCUGGUGUUUCUAGUUUGGAUAUGUUGGACAAUGUUGUUCCUUAUAUCAGUGGUGAGGAAGACAAGAUUGAAUGGGAAACUCGCAAGAUUUUGGGUAGCGUAAAUGAAAACGCAUCUUCCUUUGAGUUAAAUAAUACUGUUGUUUCUGCUCAAUGCAACCGUGUGCCUGUUAUUGACGGUCACUUGAUGUGCAUUUCUGUCAAAUUCGCAAAGGCCAAUCCUUCCGUUUCUGAAGUUCAUAAGGCUCUUGUUAAUUAUGUAUGUGAAGCUCAAAAGCUUGAAUGCCAUAGCGCUCCCAAACAAGCAAUUGUUGUCUUUGAUGAAUCCUGCCCCGACCGUCCUCAACCCCGUUUAGACCGUGAAAACCAGAAUGGAUACGCUGUUUCUGUUGGUCGCAUUCGCUCCGAUUCUAUUUUUGACGUCAAAUUUGUCUCUCUUGUUCAUAACACUGUUUUGGGUGCUGCUGGUGCCGGUAUCUUAAAUGCUGAAGUUGCCGUCAAGAAGGGUCUCUUAUAAUCUGCUUUACUUUCUUUUCCUUAUAUUUUAAAAGUAUGCAUUCUCUUAUAUAAUAGUUUAGUCCUUUUGCUUCCUUAGUAAAAAGGUUGGGGUUUUUUCACUGCUAGACUUUGAUUCCCGUCUUGUUCUUUUGGUUAUAGAAAAAAUAAUAGCGUUGAAUGAAACAUGUAGGUAAAUAUUGGUUAGCAAUGAAAAACUACUGUCAGUGUAGUUUUAACAAGAAAGUAA